AUGUACCCCGCCUGCAACAAAUAUCCAUCCCACACACAGGAAAAUCACAACCUCACAACCAAAGACAACCAACAAACCAGCAACAUGUCUUCGACUACUCAGGGAGAUGCACCUGCUCUGCAGUACACCUGCAACACAUGCCUUGUCGGCUUCCACCACAGCGAAGCCCAGAGAGAUCACAUGAAGAAAGACUGGCAUCAUUACAACAUGAAGCGUCGCAUGGCCAGCUUGCCUCCUGUCACCCUUGAGACAUUCAACGAAAAGGUCCUUGCCGCCAAAGCUGUGACCAACGAAGCUGCUGCCAAGGCCUCUUACGAAAAGACCUGUCACACCUGCAACAAGGCAUUCUAUAGCGAGAACUCUUACAAGAACCACAUCAACAGCUCCAAGCACAAACAACGUGAAGCACAUCUUCGUAAGGAUGGCGACAACGCAUCUGUCCAAAGUUCCGCCUUCUCUCUCGGAGAGCCCGUCACCAAGCCCAACGACAAUGACGUCUCCAAGGUCACCGACAACCUCAAGUCAGCCACCAUUGAGGAGAAAGAUGAGGAUGUUGAUGUCGACGCUGAUGAAGAACACAAGAGCGAGUUCUCACCCUCUCACUGCCUGUUCUGCAAAAUCGAUUCUACCGAUAUCCACUCCAAUGUCGACCACAUGCGCAAAGACCAUGGAAUGUUUAUUCCCGAGCAGACAUAUCUGGCGGACAUUGAUGGCCUCAUCCACUAUCUCUGGAGGAAAAUUACCGAAAACUUCGAAUGUCUCUUCUGCCACACCAUGCGCAACACCGCACAGGCCAUUCAAACUCACAUGCGUGACAAGAGCCACUGCCGCAUCGCCUUCGAGACCGAGGAUGAACAAGUCGAGAUUGGUCAAUACUAUGACUUCCGGAGCACGUACGAUGAUGAGGACGGAUCGUCGCCCGAGAGCGGCGGCGUCAAGGCCAAUGGAAAUGGGGAGGAUCAAGGCUGGGAAACCGAAAGCUCCGCCGACUCUGACGAGGAGGAUCUCGAGAACUACCGCGGCCCAUCAGGCGUCUAUGAGGAUGACUUCGAACUUCAUCUUCCCUCCGGCAAGAGUGUCGGUCAUCGUUCGCUGGCUAAGUACUACCGUCAAAACAUGCACAACUACAUGACACCCUCGGAGCGUGCUGCCCGCCAGCUUGCUAUUGAGAAUGGUGAGAUUGAGGAGGAUAAGGCUCGUGUACGCAACAACCACCACCGGGCUAUCACCACCCGUGCCAACGGCGGUCUGGGCAUGAUCAAGGCCACCGAAGAGCAAAAGGAGACCGCUCUCACCGCGGAGCGUCGCGAGAGAACCCGUGCGCAACGACAGGAGAACCGCUAUAUCGCACGCGUCCAAAAAGCCAACAACCACCAGAAGCACUACCGGGAUCCCCUUCUGCAAUGA